AUGGUCGUCCCACUCCUUUUGAAGUGUGAUUUUUUGAGGCGAGAGAUUCCACCGGCGACAGGAUUCCUUGUAGGAAUUAAAAUCAAUUCUGUGGAAUUCCAAGCUGAAGGACUAACCACAGAUGACGCUAAAGCCGCUUGUGCAAUUUUGGAAGAGUGUGGUUUUGACUUCGUGGAGCUUUCCGGUGGGACUAUGGAAAAGAUAGGCUUUCAACACAUGCGCGAAUCCACGAAAAAGCGCGAGGCGUUCUUCCUUGACUUUGCAGAGCAGAUUCGUCCAGUGUUCAAAGAAACUAUCGUGUACGUCACGGGCGGAUUCCGUACAGCAAAAUGCAUGGCAAAUGCGAUAGAAAGCGGCAUCACGGACGGGGUAGGUUUGGGAAGACCUGCCACAGCAGAGCCAGAUCUUCCGCGAAAAAUCUUGGAAGAGAAUUGCCUUUCCGCACCUGACACAAAAAUUGAUCAAAGCGACUUCAAAAUCACACUUAUGGCUAGUUUCGCACAAAUGGGACAAAUGGGGAAAUUGCCUAUGCGCUUUGUAAACAAGUAG